UAGAGUGCGAGUCGUGGCAUUUGUGUUGAAAGUGGGAAAGACAGAAGAUACUCAAAGUAAUACUGUGUGGAAAGUUGGGAUAUUUACCUAAAAUUAUUAUUGGCACAAUAGUGAUAUACAAAAUAUGUCACGGGCAAAACCUUUUUACAAACGUGCAACCAGUUCCUCACAUAGAAUGAAAAUAAUAAAGUUGGAAACAGAAUUUAUAAUGGAAUCUUUUGAUAAACCAUCAACAUCCGAUUUGACAUCGCUUUAUAAAAAUAAAUUACAAAAUAAAAAUGAAUUAGAAAAGGAAAAUGAAUUACAAAAUGAAAAUGAAUUAGAAGAUGAAAAUGAAUUUCAAAACGAAAAUGAAUUACGAAAUGAAAAUGAAUUACAAGACGAAAAUGAAUUACGAAAUGAAAAUGAAUUACAAGACGAAAAUUUUGUAUCUGAUAAUGAUACAAUAUUAACAGAACCUGAGUUUUUUGACCAUAACAUUAGAGUCUUGCAAAAUGUUACAAACAAUGUUAUAGAAAGUAGUGAUUCAAAUAGUGGAUCAGAUCAAAAUAUUGAUUUUAAAAAGUUUUUAGCUGAUUGGGCAGUUACAGAAUACAUUCCACAAUCAUCAUUGCGUUUGUUAUUAAAAGGUAUAAAACAAUAUACAUGUCAAAAUUGUCAUUUUGAUAUUCCAUUUGAUCCAAGAAGUCUUGUACAUACUCCUCGAAAUACUGAUACAGAAGUUUGUGGUGAUGGUCAUUAUUAUCACUUUGGUUUGUCAAAAGCAAUAUUAAAUGCUAUAUCAUCGAUUUCAAGAAAUACUACUAAUAUUAAAAUAUCUAUAAAUAUCGAUGGAUUACCAUUAUCCAAAUCAUCGCAACGACAAUUUUGGCCAAUUUUGGGAUCUAUAAAUAACAAUAAAAAAGUUUUUGUUAUUGGUGUUUAUUAUGGCAUACAAAAACCGUCUAACUCAAAUGAAUUUCUUAGAAAAUUUGUGGAUGAUACAAAAAUAUUAUGUGAAGAAGGAAUUAUUAUUAAUAAUGAAAAUAUCCUAUGUACAAUAGAUUCGAUUAUAUGUGAUGCGCCAGCAAAAGCAUUCAUAUUGAAAAUAAAAGGACAUAACGGUUAUUCAAGUUGUACGAAAUGCAUUACCGAAGGCAGUUAUAUUAAAGGCAAAAUGUGUUUUCCUGAGAUGAAUGCGCAACUACGGAUAGACGCAGAUUUCCGUUUAAGAAGAGAUGAAAAUUAUCACAUUGGAUAUUCAAUUCUCUCAGAAAUUCCAAAUUUUGAUCUUGUGCACAAUGUACCUAUAGAUUAUAUGCAUCUUGUUUGCUUAGGAGUUAUGCGAAAAUUAUUGUACAUAUGGUUAUUUGGAGAACUUAAAGUUCGUUUACGACACAGAAAAGUUGAAGCAAUCUCAUGGCAGCUAGAAAAUGUAUUAAAAUUAUAUAUGCCAUGCGAAUUUGCACGUAAACCAAGAUCACUUACUUUAGUGAAACUAUGGAAGGCUACAGAAUUUCGAAAUUU